AUUAAUAUAUUAAAUACGCAUGCGUUGAAUUGUACACAAGUCACAUGAUUUUAAGACAUCAAAAUGGCUGGAGGAAUGGAUAGAACUCGUGGUCUUCCUAAGAUAAGGGAUGAAGAAAGAGAAUCUAAAUAUGGUUAUGUCUAUGGUGUCUCAGGUCCUGUUGUGGUGGCCCAGAAUAUGUCUGGAGCUGCUAUGUACGAGUUGGUACGUGUCGGUCAUUUUGAACUGGUAGGUGAAAUUAUUCGUCUUGAAGGUGAUAUGGCCACGAUUCAGGUCUAUGAAGAAACUUCUGGUGUUACGGUAGGUGAUCCUGUUUUACGAACAGGUAAACCACUGUCUGUUGAACUUGGUCCUGGUAUUAUGGGUAGUAUUUUUGAUGGUAUCCAGCGACCAUUAGAAGAUAUUUGUGAUCUCACUCAAAGUAUUUACAUUCCUAAGGGUGUUAAUACACCAGCUUUAAAUAGAAACAAGAAAUGGGAUUUUGAGCCCCUGAAUGUCCGUGUCGGUAGUCAUAUUACUGGAGGUGAUAUAUAUGGUGUGGUCUACGAGAAUAUUUUAAUUAAACAUAAAGUAAUGCUACCACCUAAAGCUAAAGGAACAGUAACGUAUAUAGCCGAACCAGGAAACUAUGAUAUUAAUGAUGUAAUCUUGGAAACUGAAUUUGACGGACAGAAGAGUAAAUUUACCAUGUUACAAGUAUGGCCUGUACGUCAGAUGAGACCGGUUAAUGAAAAACUAGCUGCUAACUAUCCUCUACUAACUGGUCAAAGAGUACUCGAUGCUCUCUUUCCAUGUGUACAAGGAGGAACUACAGCCAUCCCUGGAGCUUUUGGUUGUGGUAAAACUGUUAUUUCUCAAUCUUUAUCCAAAUAUUCCAACAGUGAUGUUAUUAUUUAUGUUGGUUGUGGAGAACGAGGUAAUGAGAUGUCUGAAGUAUUGAGAGAUUUCCCUCAGCUAACUAUGGAAGUUGAAGGUAAACCUGAGAGUAUUAUGAAGAGAACAGCUCUAGUAGCCAAUACAUCUAACAUGCCUGUAGCUGCUCGUGAAGCUUCUAUUUAUACAGGUAUUACACUAUCUGAAUAUUUCUAUCUCUGA